UCCUUGCCAUAUCCCAGCUCAAGACUCAAGAAUCCCUCUCCCUUCCGGUUCCCUCCGCCGGCCUCUCUUUCUCCCGGCUCCGCCGCCAAAUCCCCGGUACCCCGCUCCGCCACCCCACAUCUCUUCUGUCCUCUUCGCCAGACCGGACGGCACGCCGCCUCGCACCACGCGCGUCAGGCCAAGAACAAGAAUGCUUGCCUUGAGGGUAUGGAAGUCUUCGUCGCACCUCAUCACUCUCGUCUCCAGGGCCGUUCCCGUCAACAUCAGGACAAAAACUAGGGCCAGAGUCAGGUGCUGCUCUUCGCCCUCAUCCACCGCCGCUGCCACGUCCUCCCCCAUCGUCACUCCCGGGACCUCCGACCGCCGCCGCAGAAGUUCCUCUUCCACCUCCGACAGAGACUCCAUUCGCGCCAUCCGUCUUAAAAAGGUGGAAGAGUUGAGGAGCAGGGGUUAUGAACCUUAUGCAUAUAUGUGGAACAGAAGUCACACUGCUAGCCAGCUUCAGGAAAUUUAUAGCAAUUUGGCAAAUGGUGAAGAAUGUAAGGAAGUCUCUGUAUCUAUUGGAGGAAGAAUUGUUGCUCGCAGAGCAUUUGGUAAACUUGCCUUCUUGACUAUAAGAGAUGAUUCAGGGAUGAUCCAGCUUUACUGCGAGAAAGAAAGCCUGACAGAGGAUCAAUUCGAGCAGUUGAAGACAUUCGUUGACAUUGGCGAUAUUUUGGGUGCAAGUGGUUCCAUAAAGAGGACAGAGAAAGGGGAGCUGUCUGUUUACGUGAAGUAUUUUGAAAUCCUUACAAAAUCUUUGCUCCCACUACCAGAUAAAUAUCAUGGCUUAACUGAUAUCGAUAAGCGGUAUCGUCAGAGGUAUGUUGACAUGAUUGCAAAUCCUGAGGUUGCUGAUGUAUUUCGAAUAAGAGCAAAGAUUGUCUCUGAGAUCCGCAAGACAAUGGAAUCUUUGGGCUUUAUUGAAGUUGAGACUCCGGUUUUACAGGGAGCAGCUGGAGGUGCAGAUGCUAGGCCAUUUGUUACUUACCAUAAUUCACUUGGAAGAGAUCUUUAUUUAAGAAUUGCAACAGAGCUUCACUUGAAGAGAAUGCUGGUUGGUGGCCUUGAGAAGGUAUUUGAGAUAGGGAGAAUAUUCCGAAAUGAGGGCAUUUCGACUCGUCAUAAUCCUGAAUUUACGACAAUUGAGAUGUAUGAAGCAUAUUCAGACUAUCAGAGCAUGAUGAACAUGGCAGAGGAAAUAGUUACUCGAUGUGCUCUGGUUGUUCAUGGAAAGCUUAACAUCGAUUAUCAGGGGACUGAAAUAUCUCUCCAAAGACCAUGGAGGAAGGAAACCAUGCAUAAUCUUGUUAAAGAAGCCACUGGUGUUGACUUUAGUGAGUUUGGGAAUAAUGUUGAAGAUGCCAAAGAAGUUGCAAAAGGGAUACUGGGUAUUGGAUCAGAAGACAAAGAUAAUAAUUUAGUUCAGACAUGCCCAUCUGUGGGACAUGUUCUUAAUGAGGUUUUUGAGACCAUUGUUGAGCCAACCCUUAUACAACCAACAUUCGUUCUGGACUAUCCAGUUGAGAUAUCUCCGUUGGCCAAACCACACCGAAGAUAUGCAGGUUUGACUGAGAGGUUUGAACUCUUUAUUUGUGGCCGUGAGAUUGCCAAUGCAUUCUCUGAACUUACUGAUCCAAUGGAUCAGAGGAAUCGCUUUGAAGAGCAAAUUAAACAGCAUAAUAAAAAGCGAGCAGCACUUGUUACAGGCUCAAAAUCUGCUGAAGGGAAAACAGAGGUUGAUGAUUGCUCCUAUGAAGUGUCUUUGGAUGAGGACUUCCUGACUUGUCUAGAGUAUGGCAUGCCCCCUGCUUCAGGAAUGGGACUUGGAAUUGAUAGGUUAGUGAUGCUUCUGACGAACUCUGCUAGUAUACGGGAUGUUAUCGCAUUCCCUAUCCUUAAGAUUCAACAACAGGUAUCAUCUUAAUAUAUAUAUAUAUAUAUAUAUAUAUAUAUAUAUAUAUAUAAAUAUAAUACAAGAAUUUUUUGGAGAUGUAACUUGCGUGUUGAUGAGGGCUCUGUUUUCCAAGCCAUUAGCUUUGAAGUUCAGCUCGUUGUAAGUUCAUUGUCGACCUCAUUGUUAUAUAAUUCUUCUUUGUGAUUCUUGUUUUAUUGGGAAAUAUUUUUCCAUGCGAGUGCAAAACUCCAGGGAUGCUUUCCCUAUUUUGUAAUAUCAAGAAACGUUUUAGUCCA